AGAUCAACCAUGGCAAAAAUGAAAAUGACACAAGAGGAACUAGUGCAAGCAUUUAAUCAAUACAUGCCAAAACGACCGGUUUAUCCUCCACUGGUUCACGAUGAUGACGUGCUCGCACAUUCCGCCACAGAGUCGGAAGGAAGUGACGAAGAAGAGGAUGAUUUGACAAAGCGAUUGAAAGUGACUUUGGCAUUUUCAACAGACAUGAUGUCAGAAUGCCGCACAGCCUGGGAAGACUCAACUUGUAAACCACCGAUUCAGUAUCUCGAGGACAAUAUUCAAAAAGAUGUUGAAUAUAUACUCGAGAAACUGGUCAAUCUGAAAAUCAAGCCCAACAAUCCAAUUGAAUGGCUUGGAUACUGUCUUUUGAACAUGAACAUCAAUGAUCCUCGAAAAUCAAAAGAUCACAAAAAUAAACCAUCGGAAUUGUUGCGAGACUUUAAAAUCGAAGCGCUUGUCAAUAUGGUAUGGAAUAUGGAGGAAGGUGGCUCAGGAAGCAUUUCUACUUUGCACAAGCAGGCACCUAGUCCAACAGCUGGAAAACGAAGGAAUCCUUCUUGAUUUUGUAACGAAAAUUAACAAUUCACAAAUAGGUGUCUAAAACUAUACCCCAUCAACUUGUUAUGAACAAGAAUUCCAGAAAUUAUCAUUUUCGUUUUUUUUUGUUGUAAAAUCUGAACAUAACCAUUCUUUCACAAUCAUUCACUUUUUAUACUUUUUUCUUGUCCCGUGCAUUACUCGCAUCAAAAUUCCUAGUCAUCUUGAACUUUUGGAAUUUAUGUCCAGAUUCCAUUCCAAGUCUGGUGCAUGUGCUUGGUUUUUUCCCCAAAUUUUCAUUUUGUGACCGUUUCCACAAACUGGUUAUCUUUGCAACUUGCAAAUCCGCCAUUCCUCUGUGCAUUGCACUCUUCUGUGCAUAAAUAUGUGUAUCUAUUUAUCAAUUUGAAUAAUGAACUUUUCCAGAAAUUGUU